AUGGAUAUAGCAGGAUUGGACACGGCUUUCCAGUGCGUCACUGACGUCCUUGGGACAGAUUUGAUAGUCCCAGACCUAUUAAGCUCGGAGUCUUACAAAAUCUGCAUAGCUCUUCCAAAGAGGAGCAGUUUUGCCGAUGAGAAGCCCGCCGGAAGGCUUGACGGCUUGUGGAUCCGACCAUCACGCAAAAGAAAUCAGAACUCUCCCCACGCGACCACACAACCGGAGCCCAACGUUGAGACACUGGUACAAUAUGACCUCUGCCAUGCACCCGAUGAGAUAGAUCCGAAAGAGGGCGAGGAUGAAACAUGGCUGAAAUUUAGUUUCUACCUCCCUAUACCGAGCAACAUCCCGCCAACGACAGAGACGGUUCUAGGGAGUGUGUCCUAUGCGAUCACUGCCACGGUAGCGCCCUCAACGAUAUCCAGCACAAGGAUAUUGAAGGACACGCAGCAAAUAAAGAUGUCACGCCGUGUAGUCUCUGAACCGAUCCGGCAUAUCCGACAGUAUCCCGGCGAAAGGGUGCUGACGGAAUUAUCCAUGGUACCGAGUCAGUUAUACACAGACACCCCCGAGGAGAUGAAGGUAGCGUACUCACUAGAAUGGGUGGCCCAUUCAACCAUUGCAAAGGGAGCGCGAGACAUGGAAGUGAAGUACGUGGUGGGCAAAGAGUUGAAGUGGAGGGUAGAAGAGACCGUCAAGUACCUCUCCAUCUCGAGGGGUGGUAACCCGCAAAGAGAGGCAGUAACAACAACCUGCAAAGAGCAACGUAUCGCAGACCCCGGAUGA